AUGGGCCGAAAGCGCAAGUCCGAAGGCGCUGCCGAUAGCAAUCCUCCAAAGAGACCUGCAAUUGAUCCUUACACGGGAGAGCCCAGGAAAAGAGGUCGUCCCAGAAAGUAUCCGCCUGGUCAGGAGCCACCCCCUCCUCCGGGACCCAAAAGAGGCCGAGGCCGUCCCCGGAAAGACGGGACCAUCAGAUCUCCAAAUUCGGCACCCGAAACUCCCCAGGGCCCCAAGCGGCCAGUCGGGAGACCCAGGAAAACCCCCGUACAGAACGGAACCGAGACAGCAUCGCAACCGAUACACUCAGAUUCGGAAGAGUCGAAAGUUGCUGAUGAGGAGAGUGACCGGUCAUAUUGGUUGAUGAAGGCAGAGCCUGAGUCGCGCAUGGAAAAAGGAGUGGAUGUCAAGUUUUCCAUUGACGAUUUGCAGGCGGCUGAGAAGCCAGAGCCGUGGGAUGGCGUUCGGAACCCCGUUGCACGGAACCACAUUCGGGCGAUGAAGAAGGGCGAUUACGCAUUUUUCUACCACUCCAACUGCAAAGUGCCUGGAGUCGUAGGCAUGAUGGAGAUCGUCCAAGAGCACACACCAGAUGAGUCUGCCUUUGACCCUGCUCACCCGUACUACGACCCAAAGUCGAAGAGAGACAACCCGAAAUGGGAAGUCGUUCACGUCGAGUUCCGUCGUAAAUUCAAGAAGAUGGUUACACUCAAUGACCUCAAGGCUCACGCGAAGCCCGGCGGUCCUCUCGAGGAUCUACAAGUCCUGAAGCAGACUCGACUCAGCGUUUCCUCCGUGACGCCGGCACAAUGGAAGUUCAUUAUGGGGUUGGCGGGCGAGUCGUCGGAGUCCGCGGAAUAA